CGGCGGAAGAGUAUACCCACACAAGACGCCAUUAUUUGUUUGAUUCAUCUCUCUCUCUCUCUCUCUCUUCUUUUUGUUUCUCAUCUUUUUCCUUUUUUUAAAAAUUAACAUUUCUCCAUGGAUCUUCUGCAUCCCCACAAAGUCGUUCAAUCAUCUUUCCCAAUCCUAUGGCUGCUACUUUCUCUACAUUCCAGUUCAAUGGCGGCGACGGCGUGGUACCUCACGAGGGAUUCACGCACCAUCCAUCGCAUCCAGCAAGGAGGAAAGCCGAACGUCCUGCCGUCCUGCGAUGUGUUUUCCGGCAGCUGGGUAUACGAUUCAUCGUACCCUCUGUACUCAUCCUCCGAUUGCCCCUACAUUGACUCCACUUUCGGGUGCAGCCGGAGACCCGACGCCGAUUACCUCAAGUAUCGGUGGCAGCCGUCCGCCGCCGGCUGUCAGCUACCACGGUUUAACGGGCUCGAAUUCCUGAACAGAAUGGCCGGGAAGAAGGUGAUGUUCGUGGGCGAUUCACUGAGCCGCAACCAGUGGGAAUCUCUGGUCUGCAUGAUUUCAGCUUCUGUUCCAAAACCCCAAAUCCAGGUUGCCGGCGGCGACCCAUUAUCUGUUGCCAAUUUCCCUGAGUAUAAGGUGCAAAUCUCCUACUACAAAGCAGUAUAUCUUGUGGAUAUAGACAUGUACCAGGGGAAAAAUUAUCUGAAGCUGGAUGACAUAAGAGGGAAUGGGAAUUCAUGGGGGGAUGCAGAUGUGCUUUCUUUCAACACAGGUCACUGGUACUUCCAUUCACGCGCGACCCGAGGUUGGGACAUGGUAGAGUACGGCGUGAAUCAGGUGAAUGAUGUGGAUGGAAUGGAAGCUCUCGAAAGGGGGCUGAGAACCUGGGCAAGCUGGGUUGAUCAUAACGUUGAUAGCAGCAGGACCAAAGUGUUCUUCCAGGCCAUCUCCCCUACACACUACGGAGCGGAUCAAUGGAACAUCGGGCCACAAAUGACAACAACAGAGAGCUGUGUAGGACAGACCGGACCUAGCGCGGCGUACCCAAAUACAUUCCCUGACCCAGUUGAAGAUGUGAUCGAGAAGGUAAUCAAAGGAAUGAAGAGCCCGCCAUUGUUGCUCAACAUUACCGGGCUGUCGGCGAUGCGAAAGGAUGCACACCCAUCCACAUAUGGCGGGAAAGGGGAGUCCGGUGGGGCCGAUUGCAGCCAUUGGUGUCUUCCUGGCUUGCCUGACACGUGGAACCUCUUGUUCAACUACAUGCUUUCACUCUAACAUGCCUUUGAUCAUCUUUCUUUACCUAGUCUUUUGUUUUACUGCUUUAGGUACUAGUGUGGGAGUAUUUAUUGCUCUUAAUCUCUCAGCCAACCUUGGUUGACUGAUUAAUUAGCUCAUUCAUUCCAUUGGUUUUACUAACUUGUCUAUGGCUGGCUGUAAACUGUAGUGGGUGGAAUAAGGCAUUGUGUGGUUCACCUUAUUCUUUAUAAUUAAUUUACACAUUCUUAUGUUAAUAGCAUUGACACAAGAAGAAUAUAUAAAAGAAGCAUUA